UGCGUCUUAGUUGUGACGUAAGGAGCAUGGCUGCGUGCUGUGUUUGUAUUUCCUCGUAAUAGGCAACUGGGGAGAAAUGUGAGAUGUCUGUGGUUUUUGUACCUGAGAGGUUGCGAGAAAAUGUCCAGAUCAACCAGAAUAUAAUACAACAGUUACUUGAUGAAAAUGACCAACUGAUUCGAUGUAUUGUGGAUUACCAGCAGAAAGGACGUGCCUCUGACUGUGUGCAAUAUCAGCAGAUUUUGCACAGGAAUCUUGUUUACUUGGCAACCAUUUCAGAUUCCACUCCUAGCACGCCAUCAGCUGUAAUUGUGACAUUUCCCAAUACCGUGGCAGAGGCAGCUGUUGUGAAUUCAGCCAUAAAACCAGAGGUUAAUCAUCCCAUGUCUACUGAAGAGAAGAGAAAUGACCAUGCACAAUAAGGUCCAAGCUAGUGAUUAUGCAUUAUUAGUAAACAGAGAUAUGAACAAGAAAAGGGCCAUAUAAUUUUUCAUGUUCCUAAACCUCAAUAGACUAAUCUUCUACAUGCUGGCUCUACAUGUUUCUUAUUUUGAUAUGGUUAAAGUAAAUUACUUUUAGUAAUGCCCAUUAAAUAAUACUUUAUGUUCCUUAUAAUUUAAGAAAAUAAAUGGAAGUCCAAUAAUUGGCAAUUUGUUUCUUAGUGGGGAUAUUUGAUGUUGAAUCUCAUUACCAUACAGUAAAUGCAGUGGUUUUUAAUGUGGUUUAUUUAACAGCUGUAAAAUUAAUGUUGCAAAGACUGUCUCCAGUUCAGUAUUAGUUUUGUAACUGAAAUAUGUUUAACUAUCAUACAGUAUAAAAAGUAAAUGAAAACAAAAUCACUUGGUGACUGGAUUAUGUGGUUAUUUUUUUAAUUCCCUCUGUAUAGUGUACCUCUAAGAUUGUAUGUGAAUGUUUACACAAAAGCUUACUUAUAGAAAAAAAUAACAUGCUGUGCUUUUCAUGUUUAAAUAUGAUAUACUCACUGCAUUUUGGCUGUCAAGGUUGCCUCAGAAAAGAUAUUCUAAGUACUCUUUAACUCUACUGCUAACGGUAGACCUUGGGAGGUUUCGUAUAGGAGGGAUUUUUGGAAAUAAUUCAGUUUUAAGACAUCAUGUUUUGUGCUAUAGAAAGUUUUCAAUCCCUAAGGUGGAAGUUUUCACAUUUUAUUGUUAUACAGGCUUGAAACACAGUGGAUUGAAUGUGGCUUUUUUGACAUUUAUCAAUAUAAAAAGAUCCUAUAAUGUCUAAAAUGAAGACAUCUCUGUAAAAUAAAUUACAAAUAUAAGAUGCAAAAUAAUUGAAAGGACAUUGACAUUGUUGUGUUUAAGCCACUUAUGUAAAUUUCACUUUAUGCUGGGGAUUGUUGUCUUGCUGGAAAACAAGUCUUCUCCGUAUGCGCAUCAGGUUUUCCUCCAGGAAUCCUCUGUAUUUUGCAGCAUUCAUUUUAUACUCUGUAUAAACACACGAGAAACAUCCCCACUGUAUAAUGCCACUGCCACCACUACCACCACUGUUUAUGGUGGACAUAUUGUGUUUUUGAUAACGUGUAAUGUUUGGCUUUUAUCAAAUGUGGUGUUUAGUGUGAUGGCCAAAGAGUAAAAUGUUAGCCUUAUCUGAUCAAAGGACCCUCUGACAUCAGAGUCUCCAUGUGUCAAGAUGUUCUGUGCAUGCAUUUGUUUGUUUUUGAAAAUAUGUAAUGGCAGUUUUUUCUUUGUCACUCUACCAUAAAGCUGCAACAGAUGAAGCACCUGGGCAACCAUUAUUAUAUGCACAGGUCCUUAUCUAGAAUCCCCCCCCCCCGCCCCACCACCAAUACUCCCAGGCCAAAAAUCUCAGGCAGAGUAGCUUAUAACUCCUUCAGGGUUAUCAUAGGUGUCUUGGUGGACCCCCUCACUAGUUUGCUUCUUGCACCAUCACUCAGUUUUUGUGGACAGCCUGCUCUAGACAGAUUUAUACAUGUGCCAUACUCUUUCAAUUUGUUAAUGAUGGAUUUAACUAUAUUGGAAGGGAUAUUUAGUAACUUCGAUAAUUUCUUGUAUCCAUCCUCUGCUUUUCAAUCACCUUUUCAUGGAGUUGCUUGGAGUGUUCUUUUUUUCUCUUCGUUUUGUAGGUUAAGCCGUGAUAUUGACUUGCCACAAGUUGGACCUGUCAGAUAAGAUGAAUUUGUACCAUGGUCAAUUGGAACCGCUUGUCUACAGAUGGGUGAUCUCCACUGAACUAAUUAUGUAACUUCUAAAACCAGUUAACUGCAUCAGUAAUGAUUUAGGUGUGUCCUAUUAAAGUGAGUGAAUAUGUACGCAAUCAACUAUUUUUUUAUAUGUAUUAUUAAUAUAGAACACUUGUCAGGGAGCUGUUUUUAAAGUCUUUUUCUGCUGAUCACUAUAAAAAAAAUGAAUCCACCAUGUGUCAAUGUUUAUUAACAAUAAAAUUUGAAAAUAUCUAAAGGGGUGAAUAUGCACAGCUGCCAAUUUAUUAUGUCAGGUUGCUUUUUAUAUGUAAUUGAUAUCUUGCUAUUGUACAGUAUAUUUUUUAUUGCACAGAAACUGUAUAUGGAAACAUUUUUGUUUAAACCAUCAGUGUUGUUAUAUAUUUUGUUAUGUCUAAUCAUUCUUCUGAACUGUGCUAUAACAUAGAUAUUGUGUAGGUGGUAUUUUAGAACAUACAAGAGCCACAAAAAACAUUUGACAGGUUAAAUUUUAAAUGCUUACAGUGUAAAAUGCUUCAAAUGUUGAAGUCUCAUGGACUAGGGUAGCAUAUCUAAAGGUCGCUUCAAGCUGGAAUAUUUAAUGCUACAUUUACUCGGCCAGAGUAAAAAUGUAAAACGUUUGUCUUCUGUAUUUCUGUAAAGUGUGUUUUUUGUGGCUUCUUUAUGAAAGAUGUUUUAUAAAUAGAGCUUAUUUGAUUGAACACAGAGUGAGUUACAUUUCAGAUAUUUGAAUACAACUUUUAUUUCCAUGUAUUUAGCUUUAACGUGGAGCUGUAUGUUAUUCAGAAUGGGUUUUAUAUAUCUGUUGCAUAAUUUGUAUGUUUUAUAGUGCAUUUCAUUUGGAAGACCUUGAGUAUAGUUAUUGCAUGUGCAGUCAGUAACAUAACUUUAUCUAAAAUGCAACUCACGUUUCUUUCUUACAGCACAAGAAUUUUUUUUUAAUGAAUGGGUUGAUAGAUUUCAGAUUUAGAAAAGAUUCUGGAAUAGCUGAUAAUUGCAUGAACAUACGCAACAAGACACUUUCUUCUGAAUGGCUUAGAGAAUAUUGCUCCUAAUUGUGCUUUGCUUCAAAUUCCUGGAAAAAAAAACAAAAAACCAUGAACUGAGAAGGUUGUGCUUAUUCCUAAAUUUAGGCUGUCAAAACAACCUCCCUUUUUUCUACAGCAUUUCUGUUUUGUUUGCUUUUUUCAAAUACAGUCUUAAUAAUAUCUGUCCCAAGGGUUGUUGCAGUGCCAUUUAUUUUAUCUGAGUAACUAACAUUAACACAGCAGUAUUAGACAGUUUUAACCUGGUGAUGUUAAUGGGAUUUAGACGUCUUUGUAACAUAUUGUUGUGGUUCUUUUGUUUUAAUACUUUCAAGGCAGGCUGUCAAAAGUUGACAUCAAGAGGUAUAAGGCUAAAUGUCGAGAAAGGUCCCUUAAAAUUUAUUUCUUAGUUUUAGCCUCCAUGUUUUUUUACAGAAUAGCAUUAACUACUGGCUGUCACUCUUGUCCAAAGAAAUCUGCAAAAGAUGUUUAGUAUGUUGUUGAUCACUCGGACACUGCAGUUUCUAUAGGUGAUUUUGAGCUGUCAGAAGAAAGGGACAAUGCCUGCAAUUGGUUGCCUUGCAUGGUAUCUUGUGCUUCAAAAGAAUAAGGUAUGGCAUGGUCAUAUACAGCCCUCCAUAAUGUUUGCGACAAAGGCCCAUUUCCCUUUUAUUUACCUAUAUUUUGGUCACACCAUGUACAUGGUACUCCCAUUUCAGGACACCAUAAUGUUUGGGACAAUUGGCGUCACAUGUGUUUGUGAUUGCUCGGGUUUGUUUCAUUGAUUCAUUAGUGCAUGCACAAGAUACACAGGCUUGCUGUCUACCUACAGACUACCUUUGGUGGCUGUAGUUGCCAUUGUUCAGCAUGAAGAGAGCUGUGCCAAUGAAAGUCAAAGAAGCCAUUAUGAAGCUGAAAAACAAGGAUAAAAUCAUUUGCGAUAGCACUAAAACCUUAGGAUUACAUAAAUCAGCUGUCUGAAAUAUCAUUAAAAAGAACUCACUGGUUAGGUCAGUGAUCACAAGGGGACUGGUAGUCCAAGAAAGACCUUCACUGCUGAUGACAGAAGAAUCCUCACUAUGAU